GUCUUUUCCCUUCCGAGGCACCAUUCCGGAAACCCACCACUUCCCCACGCUACUCUGCGUCCAUCGGCAUACUACUCCCCAAACCCCCCCUCUCUCUUCCAUCUCUCGCUCUCAGAUCAACGAUGGAGAACCAGAGUCCCGACUGGUCCUCUCUUAGUCUCGAUCUCCUCAACCGCGUAUCCAAGAAGCUCGACCAUAGUUUUGACUACCUUCACUUCCGUUCUGUGUGCUCUAAUUGGCAUUCGGCCGCUCCACCCCUCAAAUUCCCACCCCUUCUCUUCCUACCAUUCGAUCCAACCACCGAGACCAUCCCCUUCUUCGACCCCUCCGACGGCGGCGUCCACUCCUUCCCCCUCCCGGCGGAAGCCCGAAACAAGACCUUCUGCGGGACUUCCCAUGGCUGGCUUAUCCUCCUCGACGAGCCCACCAACUGCAUCUCCCUCCUCAACCCCCUCACCUCCACGAGCGUCCCUCUCCCUCCCUUCACCCACCACCUCCCCAAGCCCUCUACCAAGCGCGUCAUUUUGAGGAUCGACCGCUGCCUUGCCAACCCCAGGUGCAUCCGCCCCGGCGUCCCCUGGCAGAACCGCCCCUUCAUCCAGGAAGCCGUCCUCUCCUCGCCUCCGGCCACCUCCGGGGAUCCCUGCAUCGUCAUGGCCAUCCUCCAAAACGGCGAGGAGUUGGCCUUCUGCCGGCCCGGCGACGGCGCGUGGACGCUCGUCGAAACCAACGGCGUCUACAACAUCGACAGCGUCGCCUACUGGAACGGGAGUUUCUACGCCGUCGACCGGAUCGGGCGCAUCGCGGUCUGCGAACUGAACGCCACUCCGGCGGGGGUCGCUCGAGUUUCGUUGGUGCCGGAGCCGCUGGUGCCCGACCAGUUCAAGCUUUUGGAAUCCAAGGGGGAGCUGCUGCUGGUGGGUAUCGACACGGAGGAUGACGACAAUCCGGAUUAUGAGAUGAAAACUUUCGUCUACAAGGCUGAUAUGGGGGAGGGUCGGCUGACAUGGACCAAGGUGGAUACCAUGGGAGAGAAAACGUUGUUCUUGUCGGAGGACUCCAAUUCGGGUUUUGUCGGACACGAGCUCCGUGGGUGCCGGCGCAAUUGCAUGUACAUCUCUAAAUCUAGUGAUCAUGAAGAGGCUGUUCACUUCAUCAGGUUGAGGAACAUCGGAGAUAGCAGCAGCUCGGAAUUGAUAUCGUGCCGUUGGUCCUCGAAUCCAUCUGGAGCUGUCUUCUGGUUGAAACCUGGUUUCUUCUAGCUCGGGAAAUGAAGAUUUGAUGCUAUCUUAUUAUUCAAUAUGUUUUUUGUUGUGUUUAUCAGAAGGACGAUGUUCAGAGGACGGUACGCUGCUAGUAAACUUGGCCAAAUCUACCACUUCUGGGAUUGUUCACACCAAGCUAGGGAACUGGUGGCAACAAUCACAGCCCUCUAAUGAGUCUUUUUUUAACUAUAGCAUUAUAGUUUAUCAGCUAUCAAAAAUUUUACCAUAAUAAUUAUCUGCUUUGGAUCUUGAACCUCUUCUAUUAUCAAGUUCUACCUCUCUAUUUGAUUCCUAUGUGUUAUCAGCUAUCAAACAAUUUUACUGUAAUAAUUAUCUGCUUUGACUCUUGAACCUCUUCUAUUAUCAAGUUCUAUAUCUCUAUUUGAGUCC